AGCCUUGGCUCCAGCAUCUGGGCCGAGCCUCCCGCGGGCGGAAGCCGGACUCCGGCUUCCGCCCGGAACGAAGUGGGCCUUUGAGAUGCGCCUGCUGCAUCUUCUGCUGGCGGUAUAUGUGACGAGCGCCAAAGAAGUCCCGACAGUCAAGGUGCACCUCCUCUCGCCGGACGUGUCUCAGCGCCUGCUGCGCGGCAGUGCUGAAACCGUGCGAGCGCUGAAGGCGCUGCACGCAGCAACUUCAGAGGCGGAGGGCCAUUCAGAGGAGCACCCGGAGCACCAGGCUUACGUCGCCCCUUCGCCCGCGGCGGCGGAGUUGCCAGCGGCCAGCGGUGACUCGCCUGCGGCGAGCCGUACGCCGCUUCUGGCGCCAGAUGCACCGGUGCUGGCGCCUGCAUCAACUGCCACAAAGGCACAUAGAGGGCCCAAGGGUCCCACCGGAGACGUGGGCAGCGCGGGUCCUCCGGGCCCGCCAGGGCCGCCGGGGCCCACCAUCGUGGUGGGCUACCAGGGCUUUGGCUACAACCCGUACAUGAUGAACCCGUACGUGAUGCCCAACGGGAUGCCCAACGGGAUGCCCACCGCGAUGCCAAAUAUGCCGAUGGCAAACAUGCCGAAGAUGGCCAAUAUGCCAACAGUCCCCACGCCGGGCAUGGCCGCGAACGCAACGGCUUCCGGCUUCGGAAUGGGCGGCGUGCCGGCGGUGCCGCCGGUGGCCCUGGCCGCCAGCAACGCAGGCGCAAAGGAGGCCCAGGUGGCGAGCGCCGGCUUGCUGGAGAGCCUGCGCGCCUCCGUGCGCAAGGCAGAGAAGAUGGGCGGCUCCUACGUGCCCUUCGUGCCGUGGAAUCUGGUGAACCGAGCCGUGAACAUGUCCGGCUGAGAUGUGCUCGCGGCG